AUGAAUCAAUUUAAAUCAUCAAUAAAUAAAAAAUAUCUUUCAAACAAAAACAACUAUUAUCAAAUUUUUAGUUAUCCUAAAAAUAAUGAUGGUUGUAAUGAUAAUUUAAAAAUUGAAAAGAAUUCUACCAAAACACCACCACAAUCAUCAACACCACAAUUAAAUAAAGUAAUAAUAAAAAAUGAAAUAGAACAAAUAAAUAAUUUCAAAGAAAUAACAAAUGAUAUUUUUAAACAAUUUAGUAAUGAUUUUUUUUGGUUUUCAAAUAAUGAUCAUUCUAAUAAUAAUAAUUCUAAUAAUAAUUCUAAAAAUAAUAAUAAUAAUAAUAAUAAAAACAAUAACUAUAAUAAUAAUACAAAUAUUAAUAAUAAUGAUUCAAGUUGUGGUAAACGUAAAAGAAACUCAUCAAAUAGUUAUUUUACAAAUGAAAUAAAUUUAAAUUUAAUAAAUAAGAAACUUCCAACAAGAAGAUCAAGAAUAGAAUCAUAUGAAAAAAUUAAAAAUUUAAAUAUCCAAGAAUUAAGUUCUGAUGAAAGUUCAGAUGAAGAUUAUAAAGAUGAGGAAGAAGAAGAAGAAUAA